AUGCAGCAGCACGUCAAUGAGGCGCCCGCGGUGCCGGUCAAGCGCAAGCCUGGCCGACCGCGCAAGCAUCCCCUUCCUCCGGGCACCGCGCCUGUCGAGCGCCCUGCCGUCGCUAUCAAACAAGUCCGCUCUUCAGCCAGCCCCGUGGACCAGGAUGCCAUCGCAGAGCUCGAGGAGCGCGUCUUGGAUCUCAGCGACUCGUGGGAGACGGAAUCUCUGUAUGCCGAUGCCAUUGAGGACCUCACACAGGAUAAGCAAGACCCUGGCAACACAGCCGUGAUCCCCUCGGAGGAAGCAGCCGUCCUUCGCCAGCAGCUCCGCACGUUGGGUCCUGUCGAAUUCUACAGGCGGCAUAUCGAGUCUGGCGACUAUGCCGCCAAGCGCCUCAUCACCGCUUUCGGCGUCAAACCACCCGCCUUUCUCGAGGGCUGUGAUGACGAUGCAUACUUCCAGCUGCUCACACUUGCCAUGACACGCGAGUUGCAGAAGCGCGUCAAGCUCGUCGAGUACAGCUCUGUCGACGACGCCGUCCGCCUCAUCCAGCGCGCCCGCAACAUCAUCGUCCUCACUGGCGCUGGCAUCUCCACCUCCCUAGGCAUUCCUGACUUUCGAUCCAAAGCCACAGGCCUCUACUCCCAGCUCGAGAAGAUGGGUCUGGGUAUCAACGAUCCACAGGAGGUCUUCAAUAUCGACGUCUUCCGAGAAGAUCCCAGCAUAUUCUACUCCGUUGCCCGCAACAUUCUUCCCGACGAUGCAAAGGUCUUCACGCCCACCCACAAGUUCAUUGCCAUGCUGCAGGACCGCAACAAGCUUCUCACCAAUUAUUCGCAGAACAUUGAUAACAUCGAGGCCAAUGCUGGCAUCAAGCCGGAGCAUCUUGUGCAGUGCCACGGCUCUUUUGCCACUGCCACCUGCCAGCGUUGCGGAUACAAGCUACCCGGCCAUGCCAUCUUCGCAGAGAUUAAAGCAGACACAAUUCCCCGCUGCCCAAGCUGCAUCGCCAAGCUCCGGGCGCGAGGUCUCGUGAAGCGCAAGCGGCAAGGUAACAGUCGCUCCUCGUCCCGCCGGGGACGUGGCCAGUCCGAUGACGACUCCGAUGAUGACUACAACAUCCCCACGGCUGGGGUGAUGAAGCCUGACAUCACAUUUUUUGGGGAGAACCUCCCGGACGAGUUUGCCAAUCGGCUCGCCGAAGAUCGAGGUCUUGUCGACCUCGUAAUCGUGAUCGGCACCUCGCUCAAGGUUGCCCCUGUCUCCGAAGUCGCCUCGUUCCUCCCACCAAACGUGCCCCAGAUCUACAUUUCACGAACACCUGUCAAUCACAUCAAUUUUGACAUCGACAUGCUAGGAGACUGCGACGUCGUUGUUGCCGAGCUCUGCCGACGGCUUGGCUGGGACUUGCAGCACAGCAUGAUCCCUUCAGACCAGCUGGUUCUUAUCGAGCGAGAAGAAGGCUAUGACAACCGGCACCGUUUCACGGAGAUCAACCAGAACGUCAUCAAGAGAGAUGUGACUAUACUUCCUGACCUGUCCUCGACAAAUGCUUAA